AUGAAGUCCUUGACUUUUUCAAAAUCUGGACUUAUCGAUCCCUCACGACAGCGCAGCGCCAUCCAAUUGGAGAAGGCCGCUGUUGUCUUCAACCUCGGAGCCAUCUACAGCCAGAUUGCUGCUUCUUGCGACCGUACCACCGCCCUUGGCCGUCACCUUGCAAUGGAAGCCUUCAAAGUUGCCGCCAAUUUCUUCCUCCAACUCUGGCAGGUUUUUGCCAAGAACGUGGUCGCCACCCUCGAUUUGACUCUCGUCUUCGCGGAGUUUCUGCACCUCCUCUUUUCCGCUCAGGCUUCCGAGCUCGAAUUACGGGAAGAACUGAACAACAACGACGCCAGUUACGCUCUCCAACAACACCGAUGUGCCCUAUCGUUUAUAUCGGUUUAUAAGCUUUAUCGUAGAGCAUAUGCACUGAUACCUACUGAUUCGGCUGCACGGAAACAUGUCCGCUCUUUUGACCCAACCUGGGUAACUCAUCUUUACCAGAAGAAGAGAUUCUUUCAGGCAGAGGCUCGUCAGAGGCAAUCAUCCAUCCUACCCGAAUCCGAGCGAAAAUCGGUCACAUCUUGUGCUCUUGAUCAUGAUGCAGAAUGUGUCCCUGAGAUAUUAGUUAGAAGGAUUUGCUGCGGGUCCUCGUCUGUACGCAAGCUGCUACACGAAGAACGAAAACAAAGGUACAUUGACCUCAACCUCUCGGAGUACAAUCCUUUCAAGAUGAUGAAGUAUGGAAAGCUGGUGGCUUACCCAUGGGACAUGCCUCCUCCUUAUCCAACAGAAUCGGCAAUCCUCCAAUCUUCCUUGUCUUCUUGGUCGUCAGAUUCGGCAAUCCCCCAAGCUUACUUGUCUUCUUCGUCGUCAGAUAUUCUUGCAUUCAUUCCUUUGAAGAAGAGUGAGCCCUUGAAUCUCUAUGAGUCCCUGCGCAGUUACUUUGUCCUCAAAUACUCUGAGAGUGUGGCAGAGAGAGUAGAUGGCCUUCUGGAAAUGCUACACAAAUUGCGCAAUCAGAUGCUGCGUGAUGACCUUUCGCCACCCCUUCGCCGUGACUGCCUCAUGCGUUAUUACAAAUGCCUUUGCAUGAUUGAGCCUGUCUUCCCUAUGAAUGCCUCACCCAACCCGCCUAUCUUUGUUUGGUACAAUGCCAUCAACCCUCAACAGCACUCUUCUCAGCAUAACAUCCAUUUGGAGAAGGCCUCUGUUCUCUUCAACCUGGGACGCCUUAAGGAAUGCUUCACGUUGUUUCAAGAGUUGGAAUUGAAGUUUCAUGUUCCCCAACCUGGUAAUCCAGGAUAUCCUGUAUGUAUGAUCUUCUACCGUUUCAGUUGA